CUCUCAGGGAAGUGGUUCCUGGUCGGCAUGGCCUCCCGCUGCAGCUACCUGGCAGAGCACAGCCACCAGCUGGAGGCCACGACAGUGACAAUGACCGUCCUGGAUGGGCAGAGCCUGGCCAUCAGCACCUUCAGGAAGCUGGACAGGAUGUGCUGGGAAAUCAGGCAGCACUACCUUCCCGCCCAGGCCCCCGGACGCUUCCUGCUGAAGGGCCAUAGGAAAAGCAGCAAAGUGGAUGUGGUGGUGGGUGAGGCUGACCCCAGCAGCUUCAUCAUUCUCUAUUACCAGAAGGGCCGCGGCAUCUCUGUUAAGCUCUAUGGACGGAGCAGCCGCGUCAGUGACGCCGUCGUGGACAAGUUCGAGCAGCGCGCCAGGGCCGUGGGGCUGAGCCAGGAUGUCACCUACUACUUCCCCACCUAUGGAUUUUGUGACUCUGCAGAUGAAUUUCACGUCCUCGAUGAAACGAAGCUGUAGGUGCAGAUGGAGUUUCCAGAGGGUCCCAGAGCUCAGCCCUCACCUCAGCCAGCAGCCCAUGGCCACACAGACCUGAGCUCCUCAGCCCUUCCAGCUGUGCUGGCAGCUGUGUCUGUCCUUGUCCUGUGCCCCCCCAACUUGUGUCCCCCCUCUGCUCUGUGCCUCACUCUCCUGCAGGAGCCAGCAACACCCCAAUAAAUGCCUCAGAGAAGAGCCUGUGUACAGGCCAGUCACCUCUUGGUCUGCCCCAGCCAGGCCAGCACUGCCUGCACCAUGGCCUGCCAGUGCCUUGGGCAUGUGCUCCUGGCUGGGGGGUGCCAGGGGGUGUUGGGGGGACUCUGCAGACCCCUUCCAUGCAGACCCCUGCCAUCUUCUCUGCAAGCCUUCCUCAGCCACGGA